AUACUUUUAGUCUUUCAUCAGUCAUCGCUUUUAACUAAAAUUAGGGUUCUAAAACCCUUACAAAACCAUCACCGCCAAAACCCUUCAAUCUUUUCCAUUCCACAGAGGUUGUGAGUGACUAAAUGGGGAAGCUUGGAAAGAAAGCUCGAAAAUUUGCCAAGAAGAAUCUCCCAGCUGUUCUUAAACAAAGAAGAAAAAACAAGAUUGUCUUCAAAAGAGACCUCAAAAAAGGUAGAAAAGAUGUUGUUGAAAAAAAAGUAGUGAAAACAACAGAGUUGCCUAAUGGAAGGGAUUCUGAAAAAGAAGUCCCUAUGAUCACUUCUCUUGAUGCAUUAUUUCCCGAGGAUGAUAAAGUUAUGGUUCAAGGUGAUUCUGACAGUGAUGGUUAUCUCUUAGAGGAUCCAGGAAGUGAAAAUGAUGCUAUUCUUGAAGAUGACAAGGAUAAACGUACCUUGUCAACACAUAACCAAAUGGUCUAUGAAGAACUAGUGGCACAGAAGAAAUCACUCGAUAAAUUGAAGAAAAAGGAUCCGAAGUUUGUCAAGUUUUUAGAUAAUUACAAUGAGGACGAGUUAUCUCAAGAUGAGGGAAUGUAUUCUGAUGAAGAUGAAGAUCUUAUGGUUUCAGCUGCUACAACGAAUCGCAAAGUAUUGACAUGUUCAGUAAUCAAUAUGUGGAGAAAACUAGUUACAGAAGAGCAUAGCGAGUCUGCAUUAAUCAGUCUUUUGAAUGCAUAUCGAGCUGCAUGUCAUUUUGGACCAGAAGAAACUGGCCCCAGAAUUCAAGACAGCGAGACCUUCUGCAGUAUAUAUACAUUCAUGCUUAGUGAAGCUGAUAAUAUAUUCAGGGUUCUAUUGAAGAUAUCUUCCCCAAAUUGCACAAAGGAGGCCUUAUUGGAGUUGAAGAAUACCUCCAGAUGGAAAAAAGUUAAACCAAUGAUCAAGUCAUAUUUACGGAGUACAUUAUUUCUUUUGAAGCAGGUCACUGACUCGGAGAUCUUGGUUUUCUCCAUCACCCGCUUGAGAGCUUCUAUUGUAUUUUUUUCUGCUUUUCCAUCUUUGCUAAGCAGGCUUAUCCAGAUUAUAGUUCCUUUUUGGGCAACAGGUGGAGGGACCCUAUCCGUUUGUUCUUCACUUGUCUUACAAGAUGUGGUUUCUGUAUGUGGCUCUAGUUACUUUGACACAUGCUUUAUCAAAACAUACAGAGCCUAUAUUGCUCGAUGCAGGACGAUGGAAACCGUAGAUCCAAAACAUAUCGAGUUUCUUAGGGAUUCCUUAGUCAGUUUAUGCUCACUUGACCUGGAUAAAUCAUGUAACAAGGCACUUGUCUCCAUUCAACAGCUUGCUAAUAUAUUAAGCCAUGCGAGGCACAAAGGGAAUAAGGAAGCAAUUAAAAAGAUAUACAGUUGGCAGUAUUCUCAAUGCAUUGAUAUUUGGGUUUUCUUCAUCGCAACAAAUGUUAAUGAAUGUGAUGUUCAGUCUUUGCUUUAUAUGAUCAUCCAGCUGAUAAAUGGAAUAGCAUACUUGUUUCCUGGUCCAAGAUAUUUCCCCUUGAGGAUAAGGUGCAUUCAGUGGUUAAACAAACUAUCCAGUUCUUGUGGCAUUUUUAUUCCUGUUGCUUCAUUUGUUUUGGAUAUGCUCGAGUAUAAAGUCAGCAAGGAGAGUGGUGGUAAAUCCAGAAAAGCCGUGAGUUUAGCAUCAAGUUUAAAGCUCCCCAAGUUUUGGUUGAAAUCACAAAACUUCAUGGAACAGUGUGUUAAUUCAACUGUUGAGCUUCUUGUUGCGCACUUCAUUCAGUGGAGCUACCACAUUUCAUUUCCCGAAGUAGCGAGUAUUCCACUCAUCAGAAUACGGAAGUUUCAUGAAGACACUGCAGUUGAAAGUUUGAAACGUGUAGUGAAACGCCUGAUGGACCAGGUGGAACAGAAUGUCGAGUUUGUGCAGAAAAAAAGGGAGGAUGUUGCCUUUUCGCCAAAAGACCGUGAAUCUGUUGAUCUAUUUUUACAGUUUGAAAAGGGCACUGUGAAUGCCCCAUUUAUACAAUACUAUAAAAGUGUCAUAGAAAAGGCGACUUCAAAGAUAACAAGCCCUCAAGAGCCAAAAAGAGUGAAGCGAAAGAAGACACAGAAUGCAGUGAAUAAUGUUGACAAAUUCAACAAAAAGGUCAUCAAUGUGGAGAAAAGCCAUACGAUAGCUGCUAACGGGGAGGCCAAACGCAAGGUAAAGAAAAGAAGAAUUGCAGAAAAGUAGUUAUUUGAGAAUUCUCCAAAAUAUGCAUUUUUGGUACUAUUUUUUAGUUCCCAUAUGUAUCAAUCUUCUGCAUUUUGCAACUUUGUACGCACACCAGCUGAAAUGAAAACUCUAUUUUUAA